AUGGGCAGGCAAGAGCGCAGUGUUACCAUUGCACACUACAAAGACCCCGCACCGAUUGCAGUUGUACACUUGGAUGAAACAGAAGGGUCCGCCACGGAUGCAGAUGACUCUACUGAUUCAUCAGACACAGGCAUUCAUCAAGCACCUGACAUCAAACAGUUUACUGUACUGACGGUGGCAUGGCAGAUUAUAAUGCUAGUGCUCUACGCCGUAUGGAUAGACUAUGAGGAGACCAAUGAUAUGGGCAUCUACCCCUACUUCCGCGAUACCUCCAUUAUGGUUUUCUUCGGGUUCGGUUUUCUGAUGUCAUUCCUCAGACACCACGGGUUUAGCUCAAUUACUUGGACACUGUUGUUUUCGGUCAUGGCCGCUGAGUGGGGCAUCCUCCUCGAGCUUUUCUUCAUUGAGAUUGACAAAUACGACGCUAGCUUCGAUACCCGGAGAGGACUAGAUAUACAUGUGAUAAUUGGGGGCCUGUUUGCGGCAGCCACUGUUAUGAUUUCGUUCGGUGCUGUUUUGGGAAAGGUGACACCGUGCCAACUGGCUGUCCUGGCGAUUGUCGAGCCAUUCUUCUUUCAUUUGAAUAUCUACAUAUGUGCUUUUAAGCUAGAAGCAGUGGACGUGGGUGGCGGCAUGUACAUACACAUGUUUGGCGCAGUAUUUGGGCUGGUUGUAUGCUACUGGCUGAGGACCACAAAAUCGCACAUGCACGAAGACGAGAGCAGUGUAUAUGUCAGCGAUAUGGUUUCGCUGGCUGGCACUUUGUUUUUGUGGAUGCUGUGGCCAUCCUUCAACGCAUCGAUUGCGUCCACUGAGGAAUUGAGAAUGAGGACAGUCAUCAAUACUUUCCUAUCUCUGUGUGGCAGUACUGUAGCAACCAUCAUGUGGAGUAGGAUCCUCAGCCGUGGCAAUCGCAUCGAUGUCGUGCAUGUACAGAAUAGCACCCUAGCCGGGGGUGUGGCCAUGGGCGUUAUCGGCGAUCUGGCCAUCUAUCCCGCCACCGCAAUAGGCUGCGGCUUUGUCGCGGGCACUAUGUCCACGGUCGGGUAUGUGUACCUCACCCCACACCUGCACCAUCGCUAUGGUAUCCAGGAUGUGUGUGGUGUGGUUAAUCUGCACGGCACACCUGGGCUCUGGGGUUCGCUGAUUGCGGUGGUGGCGCUGAUCCCGCUGUCUAGUGGUACGGAUGGCGUCUAUCCACAUGAUUCACAACAGCCUCUGUAUCAGCUGGCUGCCACGGCGGUGUCAAUUGCAAUGGGCAUCGUCGGAGGAUUGAUCUGUGGAGUUCUUAUGAACCGCUUCAUUAUCCACUGCUGCAAAGACUCAGAGAUGAAGAGCGAGCAAAUGUUCCGCGACUGCAGCUACUGGCAGACGCCCCUGGGCUUCCCGCAUGUCAUCUCCACAGCAGAGCAACAUGAGCACACCACCAACGAAACAAACCGACUGGCGGGUAGUACUACUGUGGGCAGCAAAGUAGGUCUCAUGCCCACACAGACAGGGCCGGAGAAGAUACAGAAUAGUACCGCUGGCUUCACAUCGAGCGACCAUGUUGUGACUGUGUAGAGGUAAGGAUGGCCGAAGUGCAAACCACAAGUUGUUUUGAGGGUGGUGAGGAGAUCCGAUAUGACUAAAGUUGGAGGUUAAGUUGAUUCGAGGAUAUACUCGCGAAGACAGGCUAUAUUAAGACAGGUCCACUUGCUAUCGGGUCAAGUGUGUUUCUCCGCCGAAACAGUUACACUCUCCAAUCACCUCGCAACGAGAAAAUGACGAAUCACUGCACUCGGCCUAGAUGUUGGAACAUGGGUGGCUCUGCACAAUGGCGAAUUCUGACGCUCAUACACACAUCUGGUUUGAAGUGAGAUAUGCUUGUGCACACACGGCGAUAUAGAAAAAACCCCUGGUUGACGCCCUUAUCUGAGUGCUACGCCGCCAAUCGGAAAUAUGCUACUAGUAUUGUGCUCAACGACGUAUCAACGCUCGCUUGAGUGCAGCUUUACCACUGCAGUCGCAUUCUUAUACUGCUGCGCAAUGCAAACGCAUUCUAGGCACAAGUCCCAAGAUAGGGUAUCCUUUCGGUCUUAGUGAAAGCAUUGUUAUUAGCACUACGCACUGGAUGGUCGAGCCAUAUUACAGAUAGUGAAUAAUACACUAAGUAGUCAGCAU